AUGAAACGCUUCUUCUCCCGCUUCUCGACCACCCCGUCAAACCCUCCGCCCCUCUCGCCCGCCCAGCCCUUUGAUCAGACCUGGGAAAAGAGCAGCGACCUGCCAACCGACUUUGCUCCGGGCACCAAGCCGGCUAACAACAGCACCUCUCGAUCCACCGGACAGCGUGUCAAGGCGCUCGCCGCAAAGUACGAGUCUCAGGCCCAGACCGCCCCAAACGCUGCUGCUGCUGCCGCCGCCGCCAACGACAACCCCGCCUCCGCCCCUGCAAUUGCGGGCCGCGAUGGCCAGGCGAGCGACGGUCACAAGCCUCUGCCACUACCUCCGAGCCUCGACCUGCGUCUCUCUCCGCUAUCCACGUCCAAUGGGCUCCUACCGCCGACCACCCUUGUCGGCGAUCCGGAAGACGCAAAUGCAGCCCCGGCGCCCGCGCUCGACGGCCUCGGUCUGAGGUCCACGGCCGGGAGCGGGCUCGCCGCUGUCGAUUCCAGGCCGACUCGAGCACCGCCACGGCGAGCACCGAGUGCCCCGGCAAUUUCAGCGCAGGGCGCCGUUGCGUACCACGACGGCACAUCCGGCACUGUAUCCGCGGUGGACGAACGCCACAGGCAAAAGGACCAGCGUCAGCCGAGCGGAAGUAGCCAGGGCAGCGCCCAUGCUGCGGCCGUCCCCAAGUCGGUCGCAUUCGCACCCUCUCCCGAGAAACCAUCGCACGGCAGCCAGCACGGACACGGGCACGCGCCGCCGCCUCCGCGAUCCACCUCGCCGAGCCCCGCCUCGCACAAUCUCCUCGCGGCCCCGGGUUCGCGGCACCUGUCGGCCGAUGGGGCAUCUCGCACGCUCAGCUCGCCGGCCGACAGCGGCUACACCGGCAACUUUGCAAGACCCACCGUGGCCAGCCAGGCGCGGGCGAGGUCCUCUGGCCGCCUCAGCGGUAGCGAGGGGCUCGGCUGGGGGAGUGCUUCGGUCAGCGCAAGCAACAGUGGCAACGGUGGCAACGGUGGCGGCGGUGGCGGUGGUGGCAGCAGCAGCGCCUCGGCGACGCCGGUCAACGAGCGGCCUCCGAGCCUGGUGGCCCCGCGCUCGGCGAAAAUGAGCCGCGCCAAUUCACUGCAAUCGUCGGCCCGACGCCAGGCAAACGGCGCCAAUGCUGGGGCCGGCAGCGAUGUGGAAGGCGUGGCGGCGCUGACGAUCUCGUCGCCCACGAUGAUCGGCAGUCCUGCCUCGGCGAGCACCUCCAGCCUCGGUCAUGGCGGAUCGCCGCACGCCCGCUCGUCGCUCGAAGCCAACAGCAUCCCGUUUGCGAGCCUAGGGCAGCCGGCUCCGCCCGCUCUGCGAUCCUCGAGCCCGAUCAGCUUCGGCACGCCGGCAUCGACGCCCAUGCAGAUCACCGGCUCUGGUGGCUCGUCCUCGGGCCAUGCCUGGCGACCGGACAGCCGACGCGGCAGCUUUGCGCCGAGUUCGCUGGGGAGCGGCAGGGACAGCCACAUCUUCCCGUUCGGGAGCAUCGGCGGCAGGCAGUUUGGCGUGCCGAGCUGGAGCGAGAUGACGCAGGAGGAGCUCGUCCACAACCUCGGCCCGCGCGAACGGACACGGCAGGAGGUGCUGUGGGAGAUUGUGGCGAGCGAAGAGAGGUACGUGGCCGAGCUGGAAAAGGUCAAGGAGCUCUACAUCGAUGCGCUUCUCCAUCCGGACCAAUUCGAUCCCGAGCGCCUGUUCGGGCCACCGACUGCGCCGCCAUCGACAACCUCGCCGAGCGACGCCGUCUCGCCGCGCAUCGACACCGCCCUCGUCGGACCGCAUUCGCGGCGCGAGCGCGAACCCACGACGCCUUCUGACUCGGACCCAGCGUCUGGACUGGCUCUGGACCUUCCGAUCGCCGCGCGCUUCAUGUCGGGCACCGCCCCGUCGAUGCGGACCGACGAGGAUGGGACCGGAUCCGCUUCCGGGCACGGCUCCUCGCUCUACCGGAUCGACUCGGCGGCCCAGGCCCAGGCGGACCGGCAUAGGGCGGCCGGCAACCGAAGCCCGUACUCGGUCGGGCUUCUCAACUCCGUCGCCGCCACCGCCGCCGCCUCGUCGACCUCUACGCCGGUUCAGCACCGGCCUGCAGACUCGCGCCGCAACAGCCUCACCGGCCAAGGGAGUGCAGGUCGCAGGGGGGCCCAGGGCGCUUCGAGCCGCAGCAGCUUGGCUCACGGGCUGGGACUCGGCAUCGGGCCCGGAAGGGCGUCGACCGCACGCGGCACCGUCGCCGCUGCCGGUGCCACGGAGCCGAGCAGCGCCGCCCGGCCGAAGCAGUCGCGCGGCUCCGCGGCGCUGUCCAAGGUGCAAAAGCUGCGCGACCGGUCGCGCGCGGCGGGCGAGGGCGAUCCGAUGGUGCUUGCGGUGCCGCUGCCGCGCUCGCUCAAGGCGGUGCUCGAGUCGAUCUCCGAGGGCCUGGUUGAGUCGCACGCGCUCCUCUCGGACACACUCAAGGCUCGCUACGAGGAGCAGUGGCCGCUGGUGCGCAGCCUGGCCGACGUCUUCAUGCGGUACUCGUACAUCCUGCAGCACUACGCGGCCUACGUCUGCCACCUGCAGCGCGCGCUCGAGGAGCUCGAGGAGGCGGCGCUGAUGGAACGAGCGAUGCGCGGCAAGCGGAUCAAGCGCGAGCGCCUCAGCCACACGGUCGGCCUCGGGCGCACCGUCUCGGCGCUCGAGGCUGCCGCGCUCGAGCGGGGCCACGGUGGGCUCUCGAUCUUUGUGUCGAUGCCGUUCCAGCGCCUCCUCAAGUAUCCGCUGUUGUUCCAGAACCUGCUCUUCCACACCGACCCUUCGACGCACGAGUUUGAGAGCACGGUGGCCAUGGUCGUCGAGGUCGAGCGGCUGGUGCGCUCCAUCGAGGACGAAAAGGUGAAUGCCGAGGAGCGGGACAAGACCCGCGACGCAUUCGCCCGCAUCGAAGGGCUGACGGACCGCCAGAUCCUUCGACCUCGGCCCGAUCGCACACUGAUCGAGGAAAAGGCCCUCUACGACGAGAGCCAGCGCCGCACCGUGUCCGAGUCGGCCCCCAAGGACCUGCUCGGGGCCGCCGGUGCUGGCGCCGAUGCUUCCGACCACGAGGGCCUCGCAGGCAGCGGGACCGACACGCCGUCGAAAAUCGGCGGCGGCGGCUCCAGCCGCUGGAACACUUCGCCUGGCCUCCGCGCCGCGCUGCGCAGCAAGCGCUCCUACCGCAGGCUGUCCGACUUCCUCUCGACAGAGGACAAAGGCGGCGCCUCGACCAAGGCGCCGAGCAUGGGCAGCAAAAAGGACCUCUGGCUCGUCCGCUUCUCGGACGUCGAGAUCAAGUGCCAGCGGGUGGGCGUGACUGCGCUGCCCAUGGUCAGCUCCGCAGCGCUGACGCUCGACGGUGCCGGCGCGACGGCCCCGACGGCGACGUCGACGAUGGCGGCGACCACCGACGAGGAGAGCGCCGAGAUGGACUUUGCCCGCCGCAGCAAGGAGAGCAAGGAGCGCCUCAAGGCGUUGCGCUCGACGACGCUGCGGGCCAAGACGCGCAACCUCUACCGCUUCGUCUCGGUCGUCGCCUGGAGGACGGCUGCGAGGCAGGCAGGCGCGCCCGGUGUCGAGGGCGACGGCGGCGGCAUCGAUGGCCUGCCCACGUCGCACGAGGUCGACGAAGAGAACGAGGACGACGGCCUGUCUGGCGACAGCGACUCGGCCAGCAGCGACGGGCGCAGCAGCGAGAGUACGUCGAGCGGCGACGAGGCCGAUGGGGGCUUUGCGGCGCCGAGCCGGUACCGGUCUUCGCUGGGCCCACCGCCGGUCGUGGGCGGGGCAAUGUCGAACCGCCUUGCGGAACCGCUGGCGGCGACGUCGAUCAACUCGGCGCCCGAGGCGGUGCAGAGCGCCGUGGCGCGGAUGCACGCCAAACGGCGCAACGACAAGUUUGGCGGGCGGAUGCGCGGUGGGAUGUCGGCACCGUCGGGAGCCUCGCACAGCGCACAGGCUGCACUCCAGGUCCAGCCGGCGGCUGGUGCGGGUGCGGGUGCGGGUGCGGGUUCAGGCGUUGGCGCAACGCCGUCUCCGGACUCGUCGGCGGCUUCUGCCAUUGACCCGACGUCGCCCGUCGUCUCUUGCACCGGCGCAGCGCAGGCGGGUUGA